UGAAACAAACAUCAAAAUCUCCGCCAUUUUCUUCUCUACGCGAUGCCGACGUCUGCGCAUGGCAGCCGCGCAACCCAAAUAAGGAAACUGUCGGAAAACGCAGGGGUAGCGAAGUAGUCUUCGGAAGGCUUCGGCGCCCAUGACGUCAUGGUGCUGCUCAUUAGCUAUGCCAACGUCAUGAUUCGGCCGAAAACCCCGCGAAAGGGUGAGUCCAACGUUGACAUCAAUCGGGGGCCGCGCGGGCAUGAAGACAAAGGGACGCAGCGGGACUCGGCGCGGCGGAACAAUGGCCACCGCGGGGUGUUAAUUGCGAGCCCAGUCCUUGUGUAUAAUGUCCUUGUACUGACAUGCUACAGGCAACCGCUGUCAACUGCUGACAUUGACAAUGAGAAUGUCACAUGUGGCCUAAACUGUGAUUGGUGCAUUUGAACCUGUGACGACCUUGAAAAUGGAGCCUGCCAGGUCAUCAGUAUGGUUCGAUGGUGGUGCAGGCUACCCACUGCCUGGAGAAGUUCUGGGUUUCCUUGGAGUAAAAUCUACCCAGCUGCAGAUCAGAAAUGUCUUGGAUGAACAGAUUUUCAUUGUGGAGACUGACAGCCCUUCUAUCCGCCCCAGGAACAGGGAUGAAGACGGCAUGGCAAACAUGAUAAACCUGAGGGUAUUACAUGAGGGCUCAGUCAUCCUUAACUUGAAGAGAAGAUUUGAAGAACAUCAGAUCUAUACUUACAUUGGCUCCAUCUUGGUGGCACUGAACCCCUACAAACCAUGUGACAUCUAUGGGGUUGAUGUAGUGAAGGAAUAUCAGAAAGCCAUGAUCGGUGACAACCUUCCCCCGCACUUGUUUGCAGUUGCCAACACUGCAUUUCUCAAGAUGGUCCGAACCAGCAAGAAUCAAACUGUGGUUAUAAGUGGUGUCAUCACAGGUGCAAAGACAACUGACUACCUGCUGGAGAAGUCCAGGAUAGUUAGUCAGGCUCCAUAUGAGAGGAACUACCACAUUUUCUAUGAGAUGCUGGCUGGUAUGACAGAAGCAGACAAGAACAAGUAUGGCCUCCAGCAGGCACAGUCUUACUACUAUCUCAACCAGGAAGCACAUGGAGAAAAGAUUUAUUCAUCCUACAGUGUGGAACAAGCUUUGGAAGCAAGGGAUGCCAUAGCAAAAUCGUUGUACCAGAGGCUGUUUGUGUGGCUGGUGGAGAGAGUCAACAGGACUGUGUACAGGCAGUCUGAGAGGAGAUGCAGGACCAUCGGCAUUCUGGACAUCUUUGGUUUUGAGGACUUUGAUGUCAACAGCUUUGAACAACUUUGUAUCAACUUUGCCAAUGAAAAACUUCACGACCACUUCAACAGACAUAUAUUCAAGUUAGAGCAG